AUGCCUUCUCACCUGACCCCCACUCAGUCUAUGCAGCCGCAGAUUGACCUUCCGCCUCUGGAUUAUCAACCUAAUCUUCCGAUACACGAUGCCUUUAUUCUCGCUGCGGAGAAGGAGCUUAUCAGCGGCGCUGUCAACAAUUCAUAUAAGACGCAAGCUGGUCAGCUUUUAGAACCCUCAUCUUGCACCCUCUCCUCUGAGUUGCCCAUUCCACCGUUUUCUCCCUUCCCGUCUUUCCCUGUCUCUAUGUCCAAUGCCGAGCACAGUGCAUCACCCGUCGAUGAACUACCUAACUCGGUGGGCUCGGGCAGUGUUGAGCACCAGCAGGCUGAGGCCAGCGAUGAUCAAGCGGUAAUAUCUGCACAGGCUCGACAAAGACAGAGGAUCACACAGCUGGAGGAGAAGCUAUUGGCUCUCAAAUCAGGGCGCACCGCUAAAGAAAGGCAGACUAACUAUUACGUGGCUCAAGGAAGAGCAAUCAGAUGUAUUGUUACUCUGUUCGAUAGCCUUGAGGAUCUAGUUGCUGAAACCGACCAGAGGUAUGACAUUGAAGAGGAUGCAGAAACUACCACUGAUCAAGAUCGGUUGCAGAUAGGCUACAUUAUGUUCAUGAAUACCAUGCGGUGGUUCUUCAAGAAGGCCACGGAGCAGGAGUACAAAGAAUAUGUGCAAAUAUUAAAAAUGCUUUGGAAAGGGGCUGACGCUGCUCGAGGGGACGAUACCUCCAAACUGAAGGUUCUUGUUUCCGAGUGGGUUAACUGUGAAUUCAAGCCCGAUCCUCUGGUCAAUCCAGACGACAAGCAUUCACGUGGGUUUACUAAUGAUGCGUGUGAUCGUGCAGAUGGCCAUAUCGUAACCGACCUCUCUUUUCCAGCAUUUGUAUAUGAAAAAUACACUGCAAAACCUGACGAUCUGGAGGAGGGGCUAUUCAAGGGAAAAAUCCUUCUUCAGGCAUACAAAGCAGUAUUUACAUCACCUUCCUCAGCUAAAGAUGUCGAUGGCAAUGGCAAUGGGGUUGACAUCAUUCAAAACAAUCGACACGCUAGGAAAUCCUUCAAUGGACUCAAGGUCAAGAAGCAUGUAGCACAGAUCAUCAAGAUGGAGAAAGUCACCCCUCGGUCAAUUGCAUACAUAAUUUGCCAAUCACUUCCUGGUGAUCCGUUGAUGGAGACUUUGACUAUGUCCAAUUUUGGCGGACCAUUGUUGAUUUCUUCGAAAGGGCUCCCGGUCGAGAAGCUCAGCGCCACGUAG